AUGGAAGAGCAGGAGGAUUCUGGAAAUGCACAACAGCCUGAAGAAUUAUUACCAUGUCGGAUUUGUGGAAGGACUUUUUUUCCAGCUGCAUUAAAAAAGCAUGCUCCCAUUUGCCAAAAAUCUGGUACUAAAAGAAGAAAAGCAUUUGACUCUAGCAGACAGAGAGCAGAGGGAACUGAUAUUUCCACAGUAAAACCUAUGAAACCACGGCCAGAACCUCCAAAGAAACCAUCAAACUGGAGACGAAAGCACGAGGAGCUCAUAGCAGCUAUAAGAGCGGCCAAAGGAGUAGAUCAGGUUCUUAAAGAAGGUGGAAAAUUGCCACCACCACCACCACCUUCUUAUGAUCCUGAUUAUAUUCAGUGCCCAUACUGCCANAAACGAUUUAAUCAAAAUGCAGCUGAUCGACAUAUCAAUUUCUGCAAAGAACAGGCAGCACGUAUUGCCAAUAAAGGGAAAGUGGUUAGUGAAGUAAAAGGGAAGCUUCCAGCUAGAACACAGUACAAGACACCAACAGUUAAGAAGAUACCUUCUGCAGGGAUAACAUCACCAGCCUUAUCACGCUUACCACAACCAAGUUCCUCUGCAAAUAAAACACUGUCUCCAGGUGGACAAGUGGGAAACAAAAUCCAGAGUUCUCCAGCUCAUAAAAACGUAAUGAAAGCAAGUCCACAAAUAGGGGGGCCCAUGAAACCACGGAUGGGAGCAUCUACUAAUAUGACACGAAGCACUGGUCCGGGUAUGAUGGCAAACAAAAGAAAAGCAUUUGGUACUGAAACCUAUUCAACCAGAGCUGGAUUCGACAGUGGAGACUGUUCAUCUGUCAAUGGAGGAAAUUCAAAAAGCAGUGAGGGAAAUUCUCUUGCACAGUUACCAAAAUUCUGUUAUGAAUGUGGUACCAAAUAUCCAAUUGAAUCUGCAAAAUACUGCUGUGAAUGUGGCGUUCGAAGAAUGAUUUUGUGAAUACACCUCUAAUGUAAAAUGAUAGAAUUCUUGCUAAGGCUGUAUGAAAAUCUCUGCUACACGUUCCCACCAGGACUUGCGCUAAGACACUAUACUAAUGUUCUGGGCAAUUAUUUUUUGUUGUGAAAUAAUAUAUAUAGAUAUAUAAAUAUAUUGUAUAUAAAUGGUAUGAUACCUAAAACUGUGCCAUUCAAGAUAGUAUACUUGAAAUAUUGUUGGAGAAUAUUUAAUGGAUCAAAAGUUUAACUCAAGCGCUAAGGGUUUUUGUAAUAUAUACAUAUUAAUGUUCUUAUUCAUUUGUAGUUUUUGCCCUGAAUCAUUUGGUCUAAAGAACAUGUUGCAGUAGAAAAUAUGUUAUACAUGGAAAUAUUGAUACUUGGUUGAUAACCUAGAUGAUAGCUUGUUGGUUGACAGUCAUAAAUUUUAUUGUUUGAAUAUAUUUAAGGCAAAUUGAAAUUACUAGUUUCAAAUGUAUUAUUAUAGUUAACUAAUUGGCAUUUUACCCUUUUUCUUGUUCCAAAAAGCUAUAACAAGUUUUUGUGCACAGAUAUUUUUCUAUGUGAAAAACUUUUCACGUGUUUCAUACAAAAAGACUGAGUUGCUAAUAAAUUAAUUAAAUUACCAAAUAU